UGGAAUAAUGAGAAGUGUUUCUACAACUCAAAGGAGAAGUUUGAGUUUCCCUGAGAGAAACAGUUCCAGCAGUGGUUGAGACUUAAAUCCAGGUACAUGUUUAGUUUGAAUAGAACUCCUGAGGAGUGAACUCAUGAGAAGGUCUGGAUCUGAUAAACAUCUGUUUGUGGAAGUCCUCCUAAAGACCAAAACUGGUUUGGACUCUAAAGAGUUUCUGCAGCUUUCAUUGGACCCCAAACUUUGGAUGGGGGGUGUCAUCGUUCCCGCCUCCCACACUGACGUCAUCCCAAUCAGAGGGGGUGAUUCAACGGCUCCGCGCGGACAGUGGGCAGAGGUGAGCCUCCUCCUCGAGCGGAGCAGUCGGGAGGAGAGAACUGACAAAGCGAGAUUUGGGUUAAUGAGAUCGAAAGUGACAAGAGCGCGCAGAGACGCGCGCGCACGGCGGGAGUCUAUUGCCAAAGCCAUGCGGCUCCAACAGAGAUCUCAGGCUGAUGGUUCUGUUGGUCGGGUCGGUUCGGGUUAGACCAGACUCAUGCGGAAGAUGAAGAUGAGAGGAGCGCUGCGCGCGUGCCUGCUGGUCCUGACCGCAGGAGCCUGCGCACUUCCCGCAAAGAUGAACCCCGCAGGCGCAGACAGAGCCGUGGCCGCGCCGCAUCCUCAGGUGACGCCUCAAGAGAACCCAGGAGGGGAGAGUCGGGGCUUGGAGGAGCUCCAGCAGGAGAACCUGCUGCAGACUCUAGCUUCUUCUCCGGCACCCCUGCAACGCUGGUCCAAACACAGUGCAGUCCUCUCUGCUCCUUUCCCUGACGACCACCCAGAGUCCUUCAUCUUGGAUCUGAAGAACCUCCCGGAGUUGGGUCACGCAGAUACGGGCUCCCAGAACCCCAACAUUCAGGUGACCAUCGAAGUGGUGGAGGACACUCCCACAGAAACAGAGGUGGAGAUGGACCUGGCGAAGGAGGGCCAGCGGAACAACUGGUCUGCCGAGUGGAUCAACAUCAACAAGAAGCUGUUCUGGCCACUGUUCUGGGAGUACCCAGAUCAGGUGGAGAACGGGCUGGGUGAAGCCAGCUCCCAGGAAGAGCCGGAGGACUACAGCUACAGUCCAGAGGACUCUGUCCUGAGCCAGGUGGGCGGAGGCUGGGCCCAGUACUGGAGUAAAGGAUGGGAUGGCAAGGAUAAAUACGAGUACGAGGACUGGAGCGGCUGGGCUCCCUGCAGCGCCACCUGUGGGUUUGGAACCCAGAAACGUUCCCGGUCUUGUGGUUAUGCGUGCACGGCCACCGAGUCUCGAACAUGUGACCUGGAAAGCUGUCCCAACGCCGUGACAGCCGUGACUGAGUUAACGCCCUCCCUGACGAGCACGAGCACCGACUCGAAUGUGGACAGCUGUGAGAAGUGGCUCAGCUGCAAGAAUGACUUCCUGCAGAGGUACCUGCACCAGGUGCGCACCCAGCUCCCCAGCUGCCCCUGCUCCUACCCGUCUGAGGCCGUGUACAGCGCCGUCAACAUCCCAGACGAGCAGCUUCAGAGGACCUACCGCUGGAGAGAUGCCAGCGGACCCAAAGAGCGGCUGGACAUCUACAAGCUUUCGGCCAGGUUCUGCCUCCGCUCCAUGCUCUCGUACGACAGCGCCACACUGGCGGCGCAGCACUGUUGCUACGACGACCGGAUGAGGCUGAUCACUCGAGGAAAGGGAGCAGGAUCGCCGGAUUUGAUCAGCACUGAGUUUUCCCCAGAGCUUCAUUAUAAGGUGGACGUCCUGCCCUGGAUUCUGUGCAAAGGAGACUGGAGCCGCUUUCAUUCCGUCAGGCCCCCCAACAAUGGGCUGGACUGCGAGGAAAACCCCCCCGAGCCCGUGUUUCAGACGGAGCUCAGAGAAGCCAGGGAGUACUGAGCGACAGCUCGGCGCUCUCGUGACCUCCUGCUUCAGUUUGGACCAAGAACUGAGACGCCACUCCCUAAAAAUCCAAUGAACUGAAGUCAUGGAGACUGUGAGGCUUUUACUCCCCCCCAGAGAAAAAGACGGCACAGCGCAGCUGAAGUUUGUCCCAUCACAGAGCUGAAUUUAGGGGGGGCUGACCAUAUUUAACCAAACUUUUGGUAAACCUGCUGAAACAAGAAACAGAUACUGGAGGAUAUUUCAGCUUCUUUUAAAACUGGAAAGGUGUUUUCACUUUGUUUUUUUUUUUUCUAUUAUUUUGAAAAAAAAAAAGAUUUCAGCCAAAAUCCUGCAGUUCUUCCUCUUCAAACAUUUGAGAAGAACUAAAAAGAGUCAAAAACCAAUAAAAGUAAACCAAACAUGAUCAUAAAAAUGAAUCAUUUGAUUUAAGGAGUUCUAACAGCUGAAAAGGUUUUGUUUUAUCAGGGAAGAAAGUGAUCUGUGGAAAUCUGCAGGCAGAACUGGAACAAGACGUCUGAUCCAUCAGUGGAAUUAUACCCACUUUUGAAUAAUCUUAAAAAAUGAAAAACAUACUUUAAAAAAAAUCCUAAUAAUUCAUGACGAUUUACAUCAGGGGGUCCAAACCCAGGCCUCAAGGGCCGGCCUCCAGAAACCCUGCCUGAUCUGCUGCUGAUUACCUGGAUCAGGUGUGUUUGGCAGCUUCAAUGGCAGGUUGAUUGGAAAACAUGUAGGACAUCAGCCCUCGAGGACUGACUUUGGACACCUCUGAUUUACACUAAAAUACUGGAGGACCUGGUUGCAGACAACAAGAUGGCGCCCAGACAUCAUUAGCUGGAACAGGAAGUCUGCGAUCGGAACUAGAAGUUCAAGCCCCCCCCCGCCCCCCCCUCCUCUCUCUUUUGGGUUAAACACAUAAAUAAUAAACAAAAACUGUUUUUUUUUUUUGUUUUUUUUGAGCAAAAAAAAAAACUAAUUCAACUAGUGACACUAAGAUUACGACCAUAUAGAACAAAAUGUUACGGUGCUGCGAACUGGUUGCAAGUUUUAAAAAGUCCGACAGGUUCUGUCACAUUCGGAGGUUAUGUGGUUAUGUGGUUAUGUGGUGGCAGUACAGCAGGGGUGUCAAGCUCAAUCACACAAGGGGUCAAGAUCCAAAACACCCCAUAGGUCGCGGGCCCAACAAAAUAAACAUUUAUUGAACACUCAAAAGGUACAUUUUUAAAACUUUAAAAACGUAACUUUUGAACGCAGAAUGAAACCGAUACGCAACCCUAGCUCUUGGACCGCGUCCGGAACCAGUACUGAGCCAACUGUCCAGUAUUGUGUUAAGGUUAGGAUACCAGUGCAGUCCAUGUCCCAGUACUUAACCAGUACUGGUUUGAGGCCUUGAGGUUGGGGAGACUUGAUUUAAUUGGACGUCACAAAAUGACGAGUCAACUUUUAACGCAGAGGGGUCGUUAACCAAACUUCAAAAUGUGAUGUCUUGGGAAUGAGAGUGUGUUGCCAUUAGUAACAAAACUAUAAAAUGAUCUGGUGGGUCAGAUAUAAUCACUCAUCGGGCCGGAUCUGGUCCCCGGGCCUUGACUUUGACACAUGUGCUGUACUGCAACAGACGGGUGGCAGGAAGGCAGCAGUGUGAUAAUUGACUGAUAAAAGGUCUCUAAGGUCCCCAAAAUCAUUUGAUGAUCGUCUGAUUUCAGACUGCCAGCCACCCUCCUGCCCCGGUGCUGCCGUCCCACUGCCCCCGUCUGGUUGUUGGAAAUCGUACAGUAGUAUUGCAGGUUUUAAGCUCAUCUUGCAAACUAUACAAUUUUUUCACAUCGAAACAUCUAAUAGAAAAGGCAAGUUUAUUUGUAUUGCACAUUUCACGUACAGAGACAACUCAAAGUGCUUUACAUAAAACAUUCAAAGAAACACUCAAAAUAAAAGGUGCUGCAGUUCUGAAGAACGGCAGGAUUUCUGCUUCUGGCUAAUGAUGUCUGAGCGCCAUCUUGUCUGCAGCCGGCGGUGAAGAAAUACAAUCUCAGAGGUCAAUCUGUUCUUUGACUUAAAUGGUUGUGGCUUCUAAAUUUACAGCUAAAAAAAAGUACAGAAUUUCUCACAUUUGUGAGCUCUGGGUGUUUCACUGAUUUUCCAGAGUUAAAACAAAAAGUACAAAAGCAUAAAGGUUGAAGAUCAGAGAGAUCAUAAUCUUUUAAGUUUUAACCUUAAUUAUCACUAUGACAAAAAAAUAGCAUAACAAAAGGUUUUUUUUUUUUUUUACUUGAAGUUACUUUCACAGGCUUUGAAUUUUUUUAAAAAAGUUUACAAAUGGCAUCAAAACACAUUAACCACAACUGUUUCUGCUGGAAUCAAAGCAAGAAUACACCUGCUCAUUUAGGGGGGCUGUUGUCCAAAACCAGCCCGACCAGGACAGAUUAAAGCAAGAGGAAGGAACGCGUCUAGUCCUGAGGGUCCUCUGACUAUCAUCUAUGAAGAAGCUCCUGCAGCUCCUUACUGCACCACCUUCAUCCAGCAGACAUUUUUGCCUCGUUUCCACUGAGCGGUCCGGACCGGACUGGACUUUUGAGUGUUUCCAUUACAAAAUCAACCCGUUAAGCAGCACCGACUGGUACCAUUUCUGGUCCCCCGUUGGUCGUAGGUCCAUGGAAAAAUGGAAUGGACCCGUUAGGGCGGAGCUUCUGUGUCACAUGAUGUAACAUUGAUUGGUGAAAAAGUUUUACCACAACAGGGAGCAGCGCUUUUCCCGACUCAAGAUCCAAACCGAAACUGUUGUCCUCCUUUCGCCUGUAUUCUUCUUCUCUCCCACAAUCUUCUCGCAAAGAAUAAUAAAUACUUUACAUACAAUAUUACUCCUUAUUCUAGACUGGUCUAGUCCGUCCUGUUCAGUGGAAACGAGGCAUUUCAAACUUCUUCGUGAUUCCUGAUUCUCCAGAUUCACGCUGAGGCUGUUUUUAAUUCUCCUAUGUGGAAUUUACAGCAUCACCUCCCUUUGAUUCUCCUCCUCUCUGGUCUGUGGAAAGACUGUAUGUGUUCACACUGUAGUGAACCACACCAGGGUUCAUAUGCAAGACAAUACAGACCUCCUGUAGAGGAUCAAAAAUCCCUUAUUUGAUCCAAACCAGGUGAACCUUCACUCCUAGAUCAGAACUGGACCAGGGCAGGAUUAGAGCAGGAUGAUUAGAGAAACUUUGUCCACCAUUAAACUCAGGUAAUCUGACAUGGUCUCUGAGUUUUUGUGCUAUGAAUCGUAGUUUUAGCAGUCAGGCUGGACCGAAUGCCAAAUAAAACAGGACCUUAAAAUAUUUUUGAAACGGUGACUUUUGGUGAACCUCAGAGAUGUUUUCUUUUCAGCGUUUCCACUCGAGCGCUGCAGCACACCUGCAUCAUGCAGGGCCGGUCGGUCUGAAAUCGUCACAGGAACAGAGGUAGACAAUAAUUCCCUGCUCUCGCCAGCUAAUCCAGCAGGAAUGUUCACACAAACACCGGUUGGGAUUGUUAACAGCGGAGUGUGUUUUCCAACAUCUUCAAGCUUCAAGUUCAGGACUGAGACUGAAUCUGCUGCAUUCUCUCAGAUUAAUUGGAUUAUGACCCCGCAGUAAAUGCAGGUUCCUCUCUGUUUCCCAGACGUGAGUCUGCUCCGAGUCCACAGGCCGGGAUCAUUACGGGGAUUAGUGUGGAGUUCAUCCCUGCCUGUGUGAAAGUGGUCUCGAUGACAAAAACAGACAAAUGGCUGCUGGUGGGGGUGGGGGUGAGGGGUGUCUGGCAGAGCUGCAGGAUGUGGUCACAGUUGAUAGAUGGUCCCUAAAAUCCUCUGCUCCUUCCUUCCUCCUGCCGUUAUCUGCGUUUAUGGGAUUGUUGACACUGGGAGAGGAGGCAGGGGUGCUUUACUAACAUGGACCCCCCCCUGCUCAGAGGCACUCAGUUAAACUCUGACAGUGUGUUGUUUUAGGAGCAGACUCCGGCUGGACGUCCCAGAGCUUCAAGGGAGGGAGCGUUGGUUCAUCCCUCCCUGGCGUUACCUUUGGUGUUUUUUGUUUUUCCACAUUAAAAGUCUUUUGAAAUUGA